GGUGUUUUGAUAUCACAUUCUGAAUAGUUCUACUAUUAAAUGAAUAUUGUAUGUCGUCGAGUGAAGCUUGAAUUGAGUAUUACCUUCAAUUUUGUGACUGAAAAAGUUUCACUUUGGAUUGUAAUUUGGCUGGCGUUUUUCUUUUUUUUUUGUUGUUGUUGUAUGCUGUACGUUUUAUACGUUUUACGACUACCUAUGUAGAAUUCUUUGGAAACACCAAUUUUCGCGCCCAAAACUUUUGAAAACUUAUUUGAUUGUAAUAAUUAUUUACUUUUAAGCGGUAUUUACCGCGUAGUGUUGUAUCAUGCGUCUCCUGAGUUUUGGCAUCUUAUUCUUAACUGUUAAUCUUAUCAAUGCGAGGCCGUGUGCAGAUGAACAUCUAGAUGGUUUUAAAUUGGUUUCUGAUGCGCUCGAGAAAAGAAAGAACCAAUUUAAAGGAAUGUCGGAUAAUGAAAAAACUGAUUUUCUGUACAAAGCAUUAGACAAACUUGACAACUUAUUAGUUGAAUUUGCUUACUAUCAAUAUGCUCAGGAGGAGGAAAAACGUUUACGAACAGAACUGCAGUCACUACUCGACUUCGGAGAACUCAUCGAAGGGUUUGUGGCUGAAGCUUACCCCAAGUGGGCUGGUCCCAGGAGUCCAAAAUCCUACACGGAACAAGUCUGGGAGAAUGUACUACUAAAUAUAGAAAAUCCCCGGGUGUUGUUUGUAAAAAAAGAAUUAGAAAAGGCUGGUUUAUUGGAAACGGAUUUCAUCAAAAUAAUGAACGACUUUUUACAAGGCAGAAACUAUAACGCUCGUUAUAUGAUGACGCCAAAAGAACGGGAAACCGCAUAUCCAGCACUUCUUGGAAUUUCAAAUGAUCCCCAACGAUUAGUUAUACGCUUGAUAUUGGACUUCGCCUAUAACUUUAAAAAAGACAAUAAAAUCGAGCUUAAGCCGAUUUCAGACAAGGGCAACGUGCCUCCACCUGCUACACCUGACCCUGACGCUGAUUUAAUCGCGGAAAUUGUCUCAAAAACCCAAGUAAAGCGCUCAGCAUUAAAAUUAUUGCAAUUACAAUCGCCCAAAACGUAUUAUUACAAUGAACAUGAAGUGGAGGAGGUAAAAUUCGAAUUACGAACCUAGCUCGGUCGUUUGUAUUUUGCAAUAGUCCUGA